CUGAAACGCGCUCUGACUGACUUUGCGCUACCGUAGUGAUGAAUACAGUCCAUUUAGUAGUUUGGGUGGUUGUCUUUCUGUUUGAACCUCUUGACAGUCGAAAACACAUUUUAAAUCUUAAGAACGAUGGUCGUAAGUCAGUCUUAUGCAGUCAAUUCGGGUUUGCGAAGGAUUCAUUUCUCUCCGUUUUCAUACAGAAACUUGAAGGCGAUUUGCAACAUAUAACGUUUACUCUGGAUAAGGCUGGGGAUUCUGGAGUAACAUCUCUUGUUGAAUCCAAGUCAAAUUCUUGUUUUUGGGACAAGUCAUUUAAAUUUGUUUAUCUAUCAUUUGAUAAAUCAUCCAAGUCAAUAGUGGUACAUAAUAAUGAUCCAAAUUAUAAAGGUCUGAUCUUUGAAGCCGCUUCUUUAGAAAUGGAAGAGGAUGGUCAACCUGCUAUUAGACCCAUUGGUUUGAUCGACAAUAUUCACUACGCUCUUACCUGUUUACGGUUGGUUACUGACCAAAACCUCUCGUUGGCUAAAGCAAUAAAUGCUAUAAUAUUAUCUGAACCAAAACUUUUAGAAAAAGUCAAAUUUAUGAAUGUGUUGGCACUACAUCGACAACAGUAUCUUGUCUAUCGACUUUUAUAUGAAGUUGCAAAAUACCAGAAAAAUAUCAAGGAUGAUGAGCUAAAUUUCCAAGUCUCUAAAAUUGAAAAUCCUGUUGAAAUAAGUGAUAAUGAAAAUCUACAAAAGAUUUUUGGAAUUAUUUUAUCCCAAAUUACUCCUUUUGGUUCACUACUGUGGAUUCCGUACGAAGUGAAAGACAAUGUAAUCAGUGCGAAUUUUACAGUUCGUUUCUUGAAUACAUCUGAAGAAGGCUUAUAUCAUCUAUACUUUCAUAAUUGUGCUGAAUUGAAUGUUGAAUCUGGUAAACGUCAUUCAGUUAACUUAACAUUAAAAAUGGUCGAGAAGAAUGUAAACAGCUAUUUAUCCUCUGGUCAACAACCAUUACCUAUGCUUUAUAUCAUUUCUUGUUUGUCUUAUUUAUUCCUUGGUAUUUUCUGGUUUGUUUAUCUUCAAAAAUCAAAAAAUUCAGUUUAUCGAAUACAUUAUCUCAUGUUAGCAGUGACUAUAGUGAAAUCAAUUUCACUUGGUUUUCAUAGUAUAAAUUAUUAUGUGAUUGGGAAACAUGGUGCUCAUGAAGAAAGUUGGGCUGUUAUGUAUUAUAUUACUCAUAUUAUUCGAGGUGCACUCCUAUUUAUUGCCAUAUUACUAAUUGGUGCUGGUUGGGCUUUUAUCAAACAUAUGUUGACACCACGUGAGCGUAAUGUAUUCCUUAUUGUAGUGCCUCUUCAAAUUUUAGCUAAUAUUGCUACUAUUAUCAUUGAAGAAUCUGAAGCUGGUGCAGCACGUUAUGCUACAUGGAAAGAGAUUUUUAUUUUUGUUGAUUUAGCAUGUUGUGGAGCAAUUUUAUUCCCUGUAGUCUGGUCUAUUAAACUUUUAAAAGCAGCUUCACAAACAGAUGGUAAAGCAGCUAUAAAUUUGCGUAAUCUACGAUUAUUUCGUCAUUUCUACAUUCUGGUUAUUUGUUAUGUGUAUUUCACACGUGUCAUUGUCUACUUGAUGACAAUUACUGUUGUUUAUUCUUAUUCAUGGCUUGUGGAGUUAUUCAAAGAAGCGGUGACUUUCAUUUUCUUUAUAUGCGUUGGUUAUGAAUUUCGUCCAGUUAGUGAUAAUCCUUAUUUACUUGUUUCUGAUGAUGAUAAUGAUGAAGAUACUGUGAUGGAACGUAUGCAAAUGGAAGAUAUAUGGUCUCAGUCUGGUUUAACCGAUGGAGUAACUCGUGUACAACGAUCACAGUCAAAACGUAAAACAAACAUUGCUAUGAAAACUUAUCCAAAAACUCAAGAUAAAGAAUCAUUAUUACAAGGAAUGGAAAAUGCAUAGUUUUUUUUAAUAAUUCUAAAUAUAAGUUGUUAAGUGCUUUCCCCCUUACUUUUCUCCAACAAUUUUUCAAUUUAUGCUGUAAAUCAGACUAAAAGAACAGAACACACACACACACACAAAAAAACAAACAAACAAACAUUGUCUGUGUAUAUCUAUCAUCAUUAAUAAUAACUUUCUACCAAUUGUGUAGACUAUGUAUAAUAAUUAUUGCAAAGUAUAAAUGCCCGCGUAUAAAGUGAAUUAAUUCAUCCUAUUCUCUAACAAGAAAAAAAAAGAAAACAAAACAUUUCCAAUUUCAUUUUACCUACUGCACAUUUUGUUUUCUCUUAUACAGAUAUUUUGUAUACAAUACAUUGAUUGUUUUUCUUAUACAAUUAAUUACGUUUGUGUGUAUUUGGGGCCUCCUCCUUGUUCUUCUUCUUCUUUUUCUGUUUUCUCUUCAAUGACAUUUAUCACUUCAAAAAACAAACUUGUUUAGAGAGAAAAUAAACAUUUAUCUAUCUUGUGAUGUACUACUACUACUACUACUACUACUACUACUACUACCAAUAAACCACACACAAUGCACAUAAGCAUUAAUAUCAUUAUAUAUAUAUAUAUAUAUAUUUAUAUAUAUUAAAUGAAUGAAUUGAAAAUGUUUCCCUCUUCUUAAUCAAUUUUGAAUAAUAAAUAUGCCAUAAUAGAAAUAACAAUCAAAAAAAAAAAAAAAAAGUAAAUUGUUUUCAAUCGAAAUGAUUAGUUUUUAUCUUAAUUUACCAUGGGCAC